AGCUCCCAAAGAAGAGUCGAUUCUUUCGCCUCCCGAAUGCUCUUUAUUUUGUAUCAUUUAGAGCAUAAGAUUUUAGCCUAACGCAGCAAAUACAGACGGUUUGUGUGUUGAUAAGCUCUUUCGCAUUCAGUGUUUAAAUGGGAAGUCCAAUUUUGUUUAUUGUUUAAUAUUUCAAUAAAACUUGAAUUGUGCAAACAAAUGAACAAAACGCUGCAAUCAAGUCCACACGAGGAAAACCAGAACCAAACUCUGUAAACGGUCUAAAUGUGCUUGUGUGAGUUGGUGGUUGAACAUGCUCUUAAUGUUAUUUGCAUUUUGCAGGGAAGACACUCUUUAUGUCUUCAAUUUCAAGGUGUCACUCAGAACUACCUAUACCCAUACUCUCUUCCUCGCUGUUGUCUGCUGUCUGACCCUGUGUUUUCAUAUAAUGAUAUGAUGAAGUCCUCACAUGUGACUGGCCACCCAAAUACAAUCUACAGCCGUAAAUCUCUCGCUCGAUUGGAAUCGAGUCUUCUGAUUCACCACCAAGCGUCGGUUCUUAGAGCCGGCUCUUUUGCGCAUGACACAUCACUAGUGGCUUCCAGCCUCCACAGCACUCUCUUGUUUUGUGUGUAUGUGUGUGUGAGAGUGUGAGAGAGAAAGAGAGAGCCACCACUUGAACACUUCACUCGACUGGGGGAAUCCACGGAGAAAUUACGCCGUCGGUUUCGUGGGAAGAGGGAAGGACGAAUGGAGAGGAAGAGGCUGUUUAAAGCCGCUUUGAUGCGACCGCUUUAGCUACCGAGCUAACCGGGAAUGUUUUCAGAAACUAGCCUGUUACUUAGCCUGCUAGCUAGCUAAAGCGACCGGAGACAUUCGGUGUCGGGCGUCCAGCAAAAUAUUUAUCAUGACACGCGGGUCUUUCGACACAGUAAGUGAAAGAAGCGCCUCAAACUGAGCAUGGUGAGUGUUUGGAGCGCUAGUGUCCGCUCGGCUCCCGAUUUGGAGCAGGGACAAUAGUUCCCUGUCCAGGCAACAAGUCUGGCUACACACUGCUGCUUCCACGUUACUCAAGUUUGUUAUCGUCUCAUGCGGUGUUGUUAUUAAUCGGUGUUUGAUUGGACUCGAAGCCGUAAUCUUUGUAAAAUGGUCGCCGCGUAAAGGUGGUGCCAUACAAAGGGAACUAGGGUCAGAUGCCCAGAUUAGAGAGCACUGGGUCACUCUGCUUGUGUUGGGAAACCUGCUGGUAGUUAAUCGAUACCAAUUAUUGGCGAGGGGACUAGGUGGAUGAACAUUACAAGUCGCCCACAUGCGUUGGAUCAGUUCCCGGACUUGUGAAAGGCAUCCGAAGCAGAAGGAGGGAGACGUGAGCGCACAGCCCUUGCAGCCCGGGGGAAGAUGGCGGAACGUUCCCGCAGGAGGUGGUGAAGCCAAAACUUCGGGACUUCGUGGAUUCGUCGCCGGGCAUCUUAUCCCAGACCGCAGGACACAUGCAGGCCAAAAAACGAUACUUAAUCCUGUUCUCCGCCGGCGCGUGUCUCAUUCUGCUCUUUGGUUUCGGGGGGAUACAAGUCCCGCUGUCUAGACGGGGUCCCAGCCGGCGUGAUGACCGCAGCCACGCCGGGGAGCGGUGGCGUCGCUCGGCGGGCUACCUGCUGCCUUUCAGCUCCUGGGAUCAGGACCGGAGCGAUGACCUCUUUGAGCACAUAUCUCCCAGGCAGAAGAGGGACACUAUCUCAGGCCUUUUCAGCGGCAAACGCUGCAGGAUGGAGUCCUGUUUUGACUUCUCCCUGUGUGCGAGGAAUGGAUUUAAAGUUUACGUGUACCCCCAACAGAAAGGCGAGAAGCUCUCAGAGAGUUAUCAGAACAUUUUGUCCUCUAUCGAAGGGUCCAGGUUCUACACACCAGACCCGGGGCAGGCGUGCCUGUUUGUCCUGAGUUUGGACACUCUGGACCGGGACCAGCUCUCACCUCAGUAUGUACACAACUUGAAAGCAAAGAUCCAGAGCCUCCCUCUGUGGAAUGGAGGCAAAAACCACAUCAUCUUUAACUUAUACUCUGGUACAUGGCCCGACUACACAGAAGAUCUUGGCUUUGACAUAGGCCUCGCCAUGUUGGCCAAGGCCAGCAUCAGCACAGAGAACUUUAGGCCCAACUUUGACGUUUCUAUCCCUCUCUUCUCCAAAGACCACCCCAGGACAGGAGGGGAAAGGGGCUACCUGAAACACAACACGAUCCCCCCAUACAGGAAGUACAUGCUCGUUUUUAAGGGGAAGAGGUACUUAACUGGAAUAGGUUCAGACACUAGGAAUGCUCUGUACCACGUUCACAACUCAGAGGAUGUGGUCCUGCUCACCACUUGCAAGCACGGGAAAGACUGGCAAAAACACAAGGAUGCACGCUGCGACAAAGACAACGCAGAAUAUGACAAGUAUGACUACCGAGAGAUGCUGUACAACUCCACUUUCUGUCUGGUACCUCGAGGACGACGGCUGGGUUCCUUUCGCUUCCUGGAGGCUCUGCAGGCAGCUUGUGUGCCAGUGAUGCUCAGUAAUGGGUGGGAGCUUCCCUUCUCGGAGAUCAUCGACUGGAACACUGCCGCUGUGAUUGGGGAUGAAAGGCUGCUAUUACAGAUCCCCUCAACAGUGCGCUCCAUCCAUCAGGAUAAGAUCCUGUCCCUGAGACAGCAGACACAGUUCCUAUGGGAGGCUUAUUUCAACUCCGUGGAGAAGAUAGUGCUGACUACGCUGGAGAUCAUCCAGGACCGGGUGCUGCUGCACACCUCAAGGAGUAACCUCAUGUGGAACAGUCUCCCUGGAGGUCUUUUCACCCUGCCUCAGUACUCCACACACCUGAGAGACUUCCCCUUCUUCUACGCUAAGCUGGGGGUGAAACCAAACCCCAAGUUUACAGCAAUCAUUCACGUGGUCACACCACUGGUGUCCCAGUCCCAGCCUGUCAUGAAGCUGCUUGUGGCCGUGGCCAAAUCCCAGUACUGUGCUCAGGUGAUAGUUCUGUGGAACUGUGACAAACCUCUUCCUGCCAAGCACCGCUGGCCUGCCACCUCAGUCCCUGUUCUAGUUAUAGAGGGGGAAAGCAAGGUGAUAAGCAGUCGUUUUCUGCCGUACGACACCAUCCCCACUGACGCUGUGCUCAGUCUGGACGAGGACACCGUGCUUUCCACCACAGAGGUCGACUUUGCUUUCACGGUGUGGCAGAGUUUCCCGGACCGCAUCGUCGGUUACCCGGCCCGCAGCCACUUCUGGGACAGCAACAAGGAGCGGUGGGGCUACACCUCUAAAUGGACCAAUGACUAUUCCAUGGUGCUGACCGGAGCCGCCAUCUACCACAAAUACUACCACUACUUGUACACCACCUACCUUCCCGCCGGCCUGAAGGCCAUGGUCGACCAGAUGUCAAACUGCGAGGACAUUCUCAUGAAUUUUCUGGUGUCGUCUGUGUCGAAGCUGCCGCCGAUCAAGGUCACGCAGAAGAAACAGUACAAGGAAACUAUGAUGGGGCAGAGCUCCCGGGCGUCUCGCUGGGCCGACCCGGACCACUUUGCCCAGCGGCAGACCUGCAUGAACAAGUUCGCCAACUGGUUUGGCACCAUGCCCCUGGUGCACUCUCAGAUGAGGCUGGACCCGGUCCUGUUCAAAGACCAGGUCUCCAUAUUGCGGAAGAAGUACAGGGACAUCGAGAGGCUAUAACCCUUCUGAGCCCCCCCUGCUCUCUGGACGCGAGACGCAGAAAGGAGCAGGGGGGGCGGACAUAUGGGGAAGCUGUGAGCCUUUCCGUGAGUGCAUGGAUGGGUCCGUGGAGAAGUAAAACUGGAUUGGGUACGGGGGAAGGAGGAGGAGGAAAUGAAUGAGGACAGAUUUUGAGGGUACCACAUUUGUCUGUAUCCUUUUAUUGUCCUCCGUAGUUCCUUCAUAUCUCCUUAUUACCUUCUCUCUCGUGUGUAUUUGGGGGAAAACUGAGAACACAGGUCCCACAACGUACACUGUAACUACCGCCGAAGACACCGGAGUACUUUAAACUGCUCCAUUUUCAAUUGAAGAGAUGGAGCUUUGCUGCGUCAGUGUCCCGGCAGUGGCAAACCCCACCCCCCCCGACUCCAACCCACCGAAAGAGGCCGUCUGUACGCUAUGCACAGAUUCCUGAAAGUUUUUGCUGACAGCAUAUUAUUGAUAAUUAUGAAGAGGAUAACACUAUUUUGGAUUGUGUUCCGCUAUUUUUUUAUUCAGUGAAUGAAUGGCCAGCACUACACACUCUCUGUAUUGUCUUAAUUAAAACCAACGGUAAGGUUGGGUGAAGAGAGGACUGACAGCGCCGCGACCACAGACCCGAGUCGAUCUGACGUUCACAGUGCCUCACAGUUUAUCUAACGGCGUUGGGAGCUGGGAAAUCUGAGAAGAAGACUCGGUGCGCAACAAAGCACCUGGAUCUUGCUGCUUUUUUUUUUUUUUUUUUUUUCGUGUGUGAUUUUAUUUUUAACUGACUCAAGUAUGGAUGUUGUAGUGAUUUCUUCAGGUCAGCGUUCACACAAUUUCCUCAACAAAGCGUAAUAAAACUAUGUUUUUAUUCUGUCGAGCGAACAGACUUGUCAUUAUGUGCCAAGUUUUUUUUUUUUUUUCCUGUUAAAUAUUUAACAAGUCUAACAGCUAGAUCUGCUGCGAGGGGAAUAGGUAUCCCAGGAAACUGAAUAGAAGUGGAAAGAAAUUUCCCUUCCUCCCCCAAAUCCUCUUCUUGUCUGUUUUUUUUUUUUUUUUUUUUUGAAGGUUUUAACUGACGAGCUAGAAUCGGUACUUGAAUACGUGCUGGCCUGAAGAACAGCAGAGGGUCAUGCGAGUUGCCUUGGUUCAGGAAGGCUGAGCCAACCGAUGGUCUGUUUGAAAUGCAAACCACCGUUAAAGCCAAGGAAUGGAUCUUCAUUGGGCUGGAAUAUUUAUACUCUGUCAUCGUCUGUAUGCCAUAAACCCCAUUUCAUUUCGUCCACUGACAAAUUUGGCAGCACCUCAGGACUCGGUGACGAGGACUCGACGCAGGCUAACGCUGUUUUUAGUCCCGGCUCUCAUCGGCCAGGUCGUGGAGAGCAGACUGCUGAGCUUUUACUGCUUUUUAUGAACAAACAUGACCGGAAUAAGAAUUCUCAGCAAGCUUUUGGCAAAUUCCAAAAAAAAGAGGAAAUGUUCAACUUGGUGGGAGAUCUGCUCAUCUGUGGUCAUUCUUGAGCCUAAAUACAUAUAAUCAGAACUCCUUCAGUUUGCAGUGUUUCUGAUAAUCACAGCCUUCACAACAUCAGAUCGGCAACGUGGACCACAUUUGAGAAUUUCGUAAUCCUGUGCGUCUCCUAAAUGCACUUAUUGUGUACCGUCUUUAAAAAUCUGAAUGUCAGUGGAACAUGAAAUUGGGCUUUUAUGCUGCUGGAUCAAUAGUUGAACUCAUUUCAUUUCUAAUUGUUUGGUUUCGUUAACAUUUUUUUUUUCUCUUGAUAUGUCAUAUCAUGUUAUCUGAAAACAGUGGAUCUAGAAUGAAACGUGUGUUUUUAAAUCGUCGAGUCAAAGCUAACAGCAUGUCUAUAGAAGUCUAACCACACCUGCAGCGACACAUGUUUUGGGAGCUUCAGCUUCUUUUUUGUGGAAGAUGGGAAGCCGGUGUUUAAACGUGCCAACAGAUCAUGCUUUUGUCAUAUAUUCCCAUCUGAUGUGAGGGAUGCCAUGCAUUUCCAUUCUUAUUUGGUUCACUCAUGUUUUAUUUUCAUUUUUUUUUCUGUCUGUGAGAGCGCGAGAAAGAGAGUGAAAAAGGAAGGACGGCGUUUGUGUGAGAGAGCUGCAGAGAAGGAUGCCGCAUGGUGUUUUUCACUUCUGAGAAUGUGCCAUCGGCUUGACGGCAAAUAAACAAUCCGAGCAUAACUAAAGCGCUAUCAGGACAGCUGAAUGGGAUCGUAAACAGAGUCCCAUUUCACAAACCAACUUGGUACAAUAUUUAAGGCGACAUCUUUUUAUUUUCUCUUUGCUCAUUUUACCAGGGGGUUAUUUUUAUAUAUAUAUGUGUAUAUAUAUGUAUAUAUAUAUAUAUAUAUAUAUAUUGAUGUGCCUUCAGAAGAAAUACACCUUUCUUUUUCUCAUCUGCCUUGUGCUAUAAACCGGUCCUUAUUUUCAUUUCAUAGUAGGUUUGUUUUCUUCAUCAACAUCCAGCAACGCAUAAUGACACCGUGGAUCAUAUUAACACUGUAACGCUACCAACACUUCCAUCCACUCUCAUUCCUGCCUUUUCUGUUACAGCGACAGUUUUUUUUUUUUCCAAUUAACGUUAGACGAACUUCAUCCAGACGAAGCCUUGUAGGUCUGUACUUUGCCAUGUCCCAAAAGUAACCCCUCUUCCUGGUGGCCACACACACAUAAUAACACAUUUGAUUCUCACACACGAACUUAAAAAGUAGUCACCAGACAGGAUCGUUGUCUCUGGCCGAAUCUCUGCCUGCUUCCCUCACUCUCUUCUGUAACUGCAGACCUAAUUUUAUAGAGAUUAAAACGGAAAGAUAGAGGAAAACAAAACACAGUUUUGUAAAUGAGUUUUAUAAAAACGGGGGGAAGAAAAAAUCAAAUAAAAUGUUUGAUAUAAACUGA